AUGCCGCCUCUUUUUAAUUAUUGCGAAUCCGGCGUUGUGCUUUUCAGACAUCUCGUUCACCACUGGGAGCUAGCGUGGGGCAAUCGCAUCAUUGAGGAGAGUGAUGAGAAGCCGCCCUGUGUUGACACCGACAGUGAAUUUGAAGACCACGAGAGCGAGGAUGGCAUCCAGAGCAAUGAGGAAGAUGGUUUUGUGGACGAUGUGAGGGAAGAAGAAGUAAUAACUCCUUUCUAA